AUGGAUCCAAGAUGCAACGCUUGCCCCACACUAGCUCUACCUCACGUCACCAACGCGACCAGGACACUGUGCCUCCGGCGCCUCCGCCGCGCCAUCCUCCUCAACGACCUUUCCCUCGUCAAGCGCAUAAUCAGCAACAAUCGCAAAAACCUACGCAACCCAGACUUUGAAGACCGCUCAAACACGUCACUCCAUCUCGCGGCCAAACAUGGCUUCACAUCUAUCGCCGAGUACCUCGUCGACGAAGGCCACGAAGACGGCAUGAUCUCGCGUAACAACGACUGGGAAACACCGCUGAUGCUCGCCGCCAUGGCCGGAAAAGAAGAAUGCGGCGUCUACCUCGCUAAACGCUUCCCCGCCUGCGUGAGCUGGAAGAACAAAGCCGGUCUCGAUGCCCUCAUGCUGGCAUGCAAGAGUGGGGCCGGUACCCUGCACUUGAUACCCACGUUGAUCGCACAUGGCGGGCCCAAUAUCCUCACCGCGUGCGACGACCAGGGUAACACAGCUCUACAUCAUGCAUCGGCAGCUGGUGAAUUAAAAGCAAUGCGCAUGUUACUGCAGUACGGAGCCAACCCCCUCGCGAGCAAUAGUUACAGCUGGACGCCUGUGCAUUACUCAGCCACCAGCGCCGCAGAGGCGUAUUUCAAAACGCUGAUCAUCGAGUUUGAAAAGAAGAAAGCUGAGGGAAAACGUGCGGUUGCGGAACGCGAACGUCAGCGUACGGCGGGUGUGAGACUGGUUACCGAGGGCGAAGGAUCACCCGGUACGCGAAUUGAUUCUGCGGCUAGCUUUAGAGAGGCGAGUGGCAGGGUUAGUGGCGAUAGGCAGAGGGUCAGGGAGGAUGUAGCACCACCGCCGCGGAUGAGUGGGGAUAGGCAGAGGGCCAGGGAGGAUGCCGUCGGUGUGGGAUUGCCAGCGCCGGGUAUGGAGUGGAGUCCCGGUGAGAAGAGGGCGAAUACGCCGACGGAGGGGAGGGUUCGAUCGGAUGGGAGGAGGUCAAGGGCGGAUACUGGUGAGUCUAUCUAG